AUGGGUUUCAAUUUCAACGAGAAAAUUCACAAUGCCAAUGUGGCAAUCGCCAAAUCCUUCGUCGGACGGCGAUUCCAUUUGGAAGGGUCGGGCCACCGUCGCGAACGAAAGGGAUCAUUCUUCUUUACAGAAAUCCGUGCUGGUCUAGCCACCUUUUUCGCAAUGGCAUAUAUUAUUUCGGUCAACGCCACCAUCGUCUCUGAUUCUGGUGGAACUUGCGUCUGUCCGCCUGACAGCCCCGAUCUCUGCCUUUCCGACUCCGAUUACAUGCUCUGCGUCGCCGAAGUCAAGCGCGAUUUGGUUACCGCUACCGCCGCAAUUGCUGCUCUCACCACUUUCUGCAUGGGUCUCUUCGCAAAUAUGCCUAUUGCUCUGGCUCCGGGUAUGGGUCUUAACGCUUACUUCGCAUACACUGUCGUCGGCUUCCACGGAUCAGGCUUGGUGCCCUAUCAAGUUGCAGUCACCGCCGUUUUCGUCGAAGGUUGGGUCUUCGUUGCUCUCACAAUCUUUGGUUUGCGACAAUGGUUGGCUCGUGCUAUUCCCAAGUCCAUCAAACUCGCUACCGGUGUGGGUAUUGGCCUGUAUCUGACCUUGAUCGGUUUGACUUAUAGCGCUGGUAUUGGUGCCGUCACCGGAGCCACUGCUGUUCCCCUCGAGCUGGCUGGCUGCAAACCUGAAUUCAGAGACGAAUCGGGUAUCUGCCCCCCUGGCGAACGAAUGCGCAACCCUACCAUGUGGCUUGGUAUCUUCUGCGGUGGUUUCAUCACCGUCUUCUUGAUGAUGUUCCGUGUCAAGGGUGCCAUCAUCUUUGGUAUCUUGCUCGUUAGUAUCAUCUCCUGGCCCCGUGGAACUCCGGUUUCCUACUUCACAUAUACUCCCCUUGGAGACGACAAUUUCGACUUUUUCAAGCAAGUCGUCACAUUCCAUCCCAUCGGACGGGUUUUGGCCGUUCAGGAGUGGAAUGUUUCCGAGUAUGGUGGUCAAUUUGGCCUUGCCUUUAUCACCUUCCUCUACGUCGAUAUCUUGGAUUGCACGGGUACACUAUACUCCAUGGCUCGAUUUGCUGGCGCCAUCGAUGAAAGGACUCAAGAUUUCGAAGGUUCUGCUGUGGCCUACAUGGUUGAUGCAAUUGGUGUCUCCAUCGGUUCACUUUUCGGCACGCCUCCAGUCACCGCAUUCAUCGAAUCUGGUGCUGGUAUUUCCGAAGGUGGCAAGACCGGAAUCACUGCCAUGGUCAGCGGCCUCUGCUUUUUCAUCGCCAUCUUCUUCGCUCCUAUCUUCGCCUCAAUUCCUCCCUAUGCCACUGGUACCACCUUGAUCAUUGUUGGAUCUCUGAUGGCCAAAUCUGCGGCAGACAUUAACUGGCGUUACAUGGGAGAUGCCAUCCCGGCCUUCCUUACCAUUACCAUCAUGCCCUUCACAUACUCGAUCGCCUACGGCCUGAUUGCCGGCAUCGUCUCUUACAUUGUCAUCAACACCGGAAUCUGGCUAAUUGAACUUGCUACCGGCGGCCGACUCAAACCUGCCGACAAGGAAGAAAAGGACUUCUGGACUUACAAGAUCGAAGGUGGUAUCUUGCCUGGAUGGCUCACCAGAGCUGCCAAGGGCAAGAAGGACUUCUGGAGACCCUACGAAGAUGUCGAGCACAACACCGGCCCCAUUGGAACCCACCUUGAUGGACAAGAAGCUAAGAACGAUUUUGACAAGGGCCCAGAGACCCCAGCUACUGUCAUCAAGGACCGAGAGGAUUCGUCUUCCGACGGAGAGAAGGCCAAGCCAAACUAGGAU